GCGGUCACUGCUGCCCAGCAUGUGGUGCAGAGUGCAGACAGAGAGAAGAUUGGAGGUGGUGGCCUUGAAUUCGGGCGCCAUAUCCCCUAGUGGCAUGGUCACAUACAUGUAGUCGCCGGUAACGGCAUGGCAUCGACGUACCUCCUCUGUGCGCAUCGGCUGUGGCUACUCUGGGGCUUCCACAAGACUGGCGAUGUGAGCCUACCACUGCCUCCAAGGCUGGUGACAGCGUGGCACGGUGCUGGGCACAUGUUGUCGUGUGUCUCCACUGCCCGAAUGCACUAGUGCCGUGCCGUCGUCGUCCUGAUGAUGCGGGUCAGUGGCCACCCAGGUGGUACUCCCCCGUCUCCGCCUACCAGCGGGAGGAAUUGGCGUGCACCUAGGAGGUACAGUACCUCCUAGGAGGGACUCGGUCCCUUACGCACCUUCCACCUCAGUCUUCACUAAGGUACGGGCAGAUCCCUUGAUCUGAUAAGCGGAUCUCCGGUGACCUUCCUUCCUCAACUUCCCUCUGUGCCAUGGUGCCUUCCAGUUUGCCCUGACUCCCUUACGCCCUCCUCCACUGCACCUGAGUGGCUGUCGCAAGGCUGUCCAUUCGCGGCCGUCAUGACUUCCCUUCACGGCAGCAGACAGCACUCCCUUCGAGAAUCACUGGAAUUGCACCCUUCUCAACUCCAGGCCGAAGCAGACGUGGAACGGACGACCUCCGUCUUCACCUCGGAGCCUCUUCCCGAACCACAGGUGCCAGCGUUAGAUGCCGCUCGUGUAUCAACAUGGCGGACGCCCGUCACUGCUCUCUCCAAGAAGGUCUUUGGACAGUUGCUGGGCACCAAUCCCUUCAAGAACAGCUACCUCGACCUGUAUGACCCGCUCGAGAGCAAAACCCACAAGGCGAUCGCUAUCGGCAGUGCCAUCUUUGCCAUUGCCGCUGGCGUCCCCCUGCCCAUCAUAGGAUACAUUUUUGGCAAAAUCAUCAACAAUUUCCCCCCGGAACCUGACGCCUUAACUCAGCGGCUGAUACAGCUCAUUGGAGUCGCCAUUGCAUAUUUCGGCGCGACCACCAUCUACACCAUCGGCUUUGGACUGACGGCAGAAAACGUCAGUCUCAAGUUACGACAGCAACUGCUGCGAUGUCUACUCCACUUGGACCAAGCAUAUCUGGAUACGCAUGACAUCGAUGUCAACGGGUUGCUGACGGAGAAGAUGGACACCGUCCAGGCGGGUUGUUCGGAGAAGGUUGGCAUAUUCAUACAGGCCAUAUCAUACUUUGUUGCUGCAUUCAUCGUCGGCUUCAUUCUCGACGCUCGCCUCGCUGGCAUAUUGCUUGCAUCCGUGGUCCCUGCAGUCACCAUCAGCUUUGUUGUACUUUCACCAGCUGUGUCCAAGUGCAGCAAAACGGUUACAAAGAAGAAUGAACGAGCCAACGAGGUGGUGGAGAGCGCACUGGGCGCUGUGCGAAUUGUGCAGGCGUUCGACAUGGUGGAAGAGCUCUGUCGCAGGCAUACCCAGAAUGUCGAUGAAGCGACCCGCGCAAACCUCAAGAAGGCUGCUCUCUCUGCCCUGCAAGCCGCAAUGGUGUACUUCAUUGCCUACUCGGCGAACGCAUUAGCCUUCUACCUGGGCAGUCGCGAGGCCUCUGGAGGGUAUGCCGGUACCGUAUACGCCGUGGUCUUCCUGAUCCUCGAUGCUUCUUUCGUAGUGGGCCAAUUUGCACCAUUUCUCGAGAUUUUUGCUCGCGCAGCCUCUGCGAAGAGCACCAUCCAGGACCUAAUCGACGAAGGCAGCACUGCCUACAGUGCUGGUACAUACCGGAGAACAGAGCUGCGGCCGGACUUUGCACGCUGUGAUAUCGAGUUCAAAGGCGUCGAGUUUCAAUAUCCCGCACGACCAACUGUGAAGACCCUGAAAGGUCUCAAUUUGCACCUCAAAGCAGGCACCUUUACAUCCGUGGUGGGUACGAGUGGUGGUGGCAAGUCGACUCUGGUUGCAUUGCUGCUGGGCAUCUACGACUACUCUGGCCGCAUUGACAUCGGAGGGAAUGACGUGAAGGCCAUCGACUCGACAUACCUACGGUCCAGGAUUGCGGUCUUGGACCAAGAUUCCAUCCUAUUUUCAGGAACGGUGUUCGAUAAUGUCUGCUACGGCUUGCUUGGUCAAGAUGUCAGCGAGGAUGAGAAGCAGGCACGUUUUGACCAGGCGCUGAAAGAUGCCAACGUAGACUUCCUUCAUCAAUUGCCGAAUGGCGUGCAUACCCGACUAGGUAAUGAGACAGCGCUGUCUGGGGGCCAAAGGCAGAGAGUGUGUCUUGCCCGGGCGCUCAUUAAGCGUCCCUCUGUGCUCAUCCUGGAUGAGCCAACGUCGGCCUUGGAUGCACGCUCCGAGGUGGCUGUCGUGGAAGCCGUCAAGAAAAUCGCAGCAACUGGAGUGACAGUCAUGAUGAUUGCUCAUCGCUUGUCGACAACUCUCGACUCGGACCUCGUCGCAGUCGUCAGCGAUGGAGAAGUCGUUGAACACGGCACACCAAGAGCGCUUGCGAUGAAGGAGGACUCUGUCUUCCGUGGACUCCUCAAUGCGCAGAACACGACAUUCGACGAUGUCAACGGAACGGCAGAUGAAGAGAAGCUUGCCCUGGAGGCUUCACCAACCAAGUCGUCAACCGUGAGCCUGGCGCCACGCCCCAGCACACAUGGGAAACAGCCAGAUGCUGCAGAUUCGCCCGCCCAGCUUGGACUCUGGACGAUUGCAAAGAGGAUUGGCAGCAUCGCGAAAUCUGAAGGCUUGCUUGCUGUCGUAGGACUGUUUGCGAGCACUGUCAGUGGCGGUAUCUUACUCGGCCAAGCCCUAGUGUUUGGUCAUUUGAUCACACUGCUCAAUGAUGGCACCUCGAACCCCAACUACUAUUCUCGUGCGGAUUUCUUCUGCCUCAUCUUCUUCGUUCUCGCUCUGGUCGCAUUGGCUUCGUACCUUACCAGCGGCACCGUCUUCGGUAUGAUAUCGAGCAAGAUCACGGGCCGAGUACAGACCAGGCUGUUGCACACAUUGCUGCAACUGGACGUUGCGUGGUUCUCUGAAUCCGGACACUCCGUGCAACAGCUGAUGUCCAAGUUCACCAAAGAUCCCGGCGAUCUUUCUGCACUCGGCGGUGUAGCCCUUGGUGCCAUCUUCACGAUCUUUACAUCCGUCAUCGGUGGUAUUAUCCUGUCCAUGAUCGUGGCAUGGAAAGUCUCCGUCGUCCUGCUCGCAGCUGUGCCCAUCAUGUUAGUCGCGGGAUGGGCACGAUUGCGCCUGCUGACAGAAUCGGAAACACAGCAUCGCGAAGCUUACACCAAUGCCACCGCGUUGGCAGCAGAGGCGUGUCGAAAUAGGCGCGCGGUCACUGCGCUAUGCCUCGAACAGCAUCUGAUUGAUGACUACCAAAAAGCACUGCGUGCGCCUUUCCAGAAGCUUCGCCGCUUUGUGUAUUACGCCAAUACCUUGCUCGCAUUCUGCUUCUCCAUCACAUACUUUGUGUACGCAUUGGCAUACUGGUGGGGAUCGAAGCAAGUCCGCAAUGGCAUGUACACCACUACCGACUUCUUUAUUGUCUUGCCGGCGCUCCUCUUUUCCGCACAGUCGGCUGGACAAUUCUUCAGUCUCAGUCCUGAGAUUGCACGAGCCAAGACGGCGUCACGAAGCAUCUUCACUCUCUUAGAUGCCCAGCCCACCAUCAUGCAGUCUCAGAUUCGACCGGACUCGCUAGAGACGAAAUCAGGUUCUACUACUUCGUCGUUAGUCAGCAGUGACCUCGGCAAAUCAUCCAAUCUCGAUGAGGUCAAACCGAAAGUGGAAUUCAAGGAUGUCACCUUACUAUACCCCAACUCUUCGAAGGCUUCUCUGCGCAAUAUCAGCUUGAGCAUCGCUCCUGGACAGACAGUCGCCUUCUGUGGGCCGUCGGGAGCGGGUAAGUCAUCCGCAAUGGCUCUGAUUGAGCGUUUCUACGAUGUUACCGAAGGUUCCUUAUUCUACGAUGGCCGCGACGUACGCGAAUUGGACGUCAGGCUCCUUCGCAGUCACAUGGGGCUCGUCAGCCAGGACCCCGAUCUUUUCUCGGGGUCCAUAUCGUACAACGUCAAGCUCGGCGCGCCGCCUGGCAUGCCUGUGACGGAGGAUGAUGUCCAAGCGGCUUGCAAAAAGUGUGGUCUGCAUGAUUUCAUUACCAGUCUACCAGAAGGUUACAACACCGAGUGUGGCUCCAGCAGCGCUUCGAAGUUGAGUGGAGGGCAGAAGCAGCGACUGGCCAUUGCACGCGCACUAGUACGCAACCCGGAAGUGCUGCUUCUCGACGAGCCGACUUCGGCACUGGAUGCGCAUAGCGAGGCGCACGUGCAAGAAUCGUUGAAUGAAGCAGCCAAGGGUCGUACGACAAUCAUCGUAGCACACCGCCUGGCAUCGAUUCAGCACGCAGACCAGAUUUUCGUGUUUGACGGAGGGAAAUGCGUUGCGCGGGGCACUCAUGCCGAGCUCAUGCAAGAGGCCGGCCUGUACGCUACGAUGGCCAAGGCACAAUCUCUGACGUGAGCUGCAUCCAUCCGCGUACACCAUCACAUUGGCAAGUGUUUGGCGAGAUGAUAGGAUGUAUGAGCCUGGUGUGUCGCGUUACGGGAACAUGAAUUGCGGGCUUAGCACUGGCGUUGGGGGC